ACUCAGCCGAGAGGAGAUGGAACCCAUCCCGGCAGGGGAGGAUACAAAGAAAGCGGUAAUAGCUGAGACCACAUCGGACACUUUAGGAUGGUGUCCCCUGAGAGGCGGAAGUGGGAUGACAUCAGCGGAAGUUUCCACCCCAGUCCCGCCUCCGCCCCCGGCUCGUAUAAGCUGGGUGUUUCCUGCCGCUUUCAGUCCGGAUUUGGAGACUCCGACGUCCUCCGACUUUUCAUGGAAGAGAUGUCAGGAGAAAGUGUGGUGAGCUCAGCGGUACCAGCGGCUGCUACCCGCACCACUUCCUUCAAGGGCGCAAGUCCCAGCUCCAAGUACGUGAAGCUGAAUGUCGGGGGAGCGCUGUACUACACCACCAUGCAGACGCUGACCAAGCAGGACACCAUGCUGAAAGCCAUGUUCAGUGGGCGCAUGGAAGUGCUCACUGACAGUGAAGGCUGGAUCCUCAUUGACCGGUGUGGGAAGCACUUUGGUACGAUUCUCAACUACCUUCGAGAUGGGGCUGUCCCCUUGCCUGAGAGCCGCCGGGAGAUCGAGGAGCUGCUAGCAGAAGCAAAGUACUACCUGGUCCAGGGCUUGGUGGAAGAGUGCCAGGCGGCCUUACAACAGAACAAAGACACUUACGAGCCUUUCUGCAAGGUUCCUGUCAUCACCUCAUCCAAGGAAGAACAGAAACUCAUAGCGACUUCAAAUAAGCCAGCUGUGAAGUUGCUCUACAACAGAAGUAACAACAAAUACUCAUACACCAGCAAUUCCGACGACAAUAUGUUGAAAAACAUCGAACUGUUUGAUAAGCUGUCUCUGCGCUUUAAUGGGAGGAUCCUAUUCAUAAAGGAUGUCAUCGGGGAUGAAAUCUGCUGCUGGUCUUUCUAUGGUCAGGGCCGCAAGAUUGCUGAAGUAUGUUGCACCUCCAUUGUCUACGCCACCGAGAAGAAGCAGACGAAGGUUGAGUUCCCUGAAGCCCGAAUUUAUGAGGAGACCCUGAAUAUUUUGCUGUAUGAGGCCCAGGAUGGCCGGGGACCUGACAAUGCGCUCCUGGAGGCCACAGGUGGUGCAGCUGGGCGCUCCCAUCACCUGGAUGAGGAUGAGGAGCGGGAGCGAGAGAGGAUCGAGCGCGUGCGGCGGAUCCACAUCAAGCGUCCUGACGACCGGACCCACCUCCACCAGUGAGCAGGCCGGUGGACCCAGCCGCCUUCCUCUGCCCUCCGCCCUCCGCCCUUCUCCCCAACCCUGCCACACUCAGAUUCUGUGCAGGCUUCCGGGCACCUUCUACUUCCCAGGGGGGUCUGGAGAUACUUUUGUAACAAGCCAGAUGGUUAUUUUGGUAUUUCUCCACAAGGGGAAUUGCUCCUGCCUUGACCCAGGUGUAUGCACCCCCAUAGUUGAACAGGCGGUGUCCAAGGUCUUUACUUUGCGUGAGAAUCUGGAGCCAGGCUUUCUUGGUUCGCAGAGGAAAAGUAUGAGUGAGCGUGAAGUGUAUGUGAGAACUUUGUUUGCAGUAUUUAUUUUUGUGGGUGCUGACGACCUGUUGGGCUUCUGAGUGACACUCCCUUAAGGUUUCAGUUUGCCAAUUCCGAGAGCGGCUCUGCAGGUGGCGGCCACCAGAAGUGUCUGUGAGCUAUGUCUCUCCGAACCCUCUAGCCUCAGCAGACUGGCUCCUGGUUCCUGUGCCUUCUGACUGAGCAUAGUCUCCAUGGCUUUCCUGGGAAUCCGUUCUGCAGCAUCAUUCUGUCCCUAGAGCUUACUGAUCGUUUCAGCUUGUGGCUGUGAAAGUGACCUAACGAGCGUCAUUGCUUCUGACGUGUUUUAGUACAUCUGUGGGUGUAAAACUUUCGCUGCCUUGGCUCAUCUUUGGUCUGUGCUUGCUGGGACUGUACCAUGCCUGGCAAGGAGUAGAGCUUUCCCUGGCAGUGAGUGCCCAGUGCUCUUUCCAUGUCCUGCCCCUUCCACUUGCUGUCCUUGUUGAUCCACUCCAUUCCAGGAAGGCCAUCUGGCCCUGCAGCAGCUGAAACUUGCACACUGCUGCUCCAGAGCAUCCACUCCUUUCUCCCGGGCCUUCUUCCCCAUUAACCUGGGCUAGCUUCAGCAAGUUGGGUGCCUUUCCCUUUGGUCAGGAAUUCAGUGUGGCCCCAGACCCUGUCCUCUCAGCUAGGCACUCCUCACACCGCCAGCCCAAGGAGCUUGCCUGUCUCAGGCCACUUCCCUCCUUUAGCACAGCGGUCACCUGGAGAUCCCUUCUCAUCUUUGUCUCUGCCUUCCUAUGCAGAAUAGAGUGGCCAUCAGCGAACAGGUUCAGAGGAUGUACAGAUACCUUUGGGUCUGGUUUGUGUCCUUGUUCGUACUUGUUUAGAGAAUGUGUGCGACUGUUGGUGAGGACGUGUGUCUGUGGGGCACAGGUGGCCCGAGCAGGAGCCUGCUGUGCAUGGUGCUCAUAGGACAGAUGUUCUCAGUUACCUACCUCCCAGCCUCCUCUGCACCUGCACAGGAGCAGAAAUGAAUCAUGACUGAUGUGGGUGGUUGAGACUAGACUAGGUAGAGUAGUUACAAGGAGAUGUGAAUAUGUGUCAGGUAAUGGAUGGGUUUUGUUUGCUUAGCAAGGAAUCAUUACUGUUUUAUACCAAAGGUAUUAACAUGGGCAGCCUUUGACACCUGUAUCCAAAAAACGAGUUUCUAUUUUGCAACGGUUUUUACAGCUUAGACUUUGUACCUGUGACAGUUGUCUGCCUUUCUUUUGUAUCCAGCAGCAAAGCUUACAGUAUUUAAAACUUUAAAACAAUCAAGACCGAACCUAAAAAUGAGGUAUUGGGUAGAUGCUUUUUAAACUGUUGUGUGGGAAACUUUUAUAUGAGGCUACUUGGGUUUUAUUAAGCGCUAAGGAAAGGGAGCUUACAAAAUAAUGUUUCGUAAAUAUUUUAUACUGUUUAAGUUUUAAACGUCAACCCUACUGUUGGGGUUAAACUUUUUUAAAGUUAAAGUGAAUGUCAGUUCUGAUGUUUUCUGUAGGAAUGGAAAAGCCAUUGUACAAAUUUGCUUUCUAAGCGUUUGUGUGAGUAAGUUUGUGAAACAAUCUGACUUGUUUUGGCUUUCAUGUAUGUAUGCCUUACGACCUGCUGUUUCUGGCAGCUCUUGGUACCUUCACUUUCCUUCAACUUUGCAUCUGCAGAUUUGCAUCUCUGCCUCACAGGGAUAUGAAUAGGUUUGUAAAACAUUCCAUGGUGAAUGAUUCUGUCAGCUGCAUCUAGCCAGGAGCUGACAGACAAGUGUUGGCUGGUCCAAGCUCUGCUACCAAGUAGACUCUGUAAGAAAGGAACUGACUUUUCUGAUGUUAGCACUAAGGGCAAAAGUCAAUAUUUUUAUUUAUGAACCAUCUAAGUAAACAUUGGCAUAGGAUUUGCUGAAGAGUAAGUUUUUAUUUCACUAUAAGAGCUUACAGUUAAAAAUUGGAGCUUUUGCUCCAUGCUAAUCAAGCUCAGUCUUUGUUUUGAACAAGUCAUCUAGUGAUGGUGGCUGGGGGUCCGAAACAGUUCCUGCGCGUCCUCCUCCGCUGCCUUCUGACCGUGGGUGCACUGGUUGACCUCUGCACGUCCCCCAGUCCCUGUGUAGGUGUGUUCGCCUAGACCUCACAGUUGCUGUUCAGGACCUAUGUGUGCCACCCCCUCCCCUUGUUAUCUUUAGGGCUUCAUCCCAAGUCACUGUAACACAUUCAGGCACUUCAUUGACCUUUCUGUCUCUCUGUGCUAUGAAGAAAAUGCUGUAAGUUUUAAGAGUAGUCACUGUUUCUCUGUUGUACAAGCAUUUGUGAACAUACGUGAAAUAAAAAUUACGCCAUGCUUCCAGUUAAA